UUAUACAUAGCUAGAUGCGUCAAAAAUAUAGUGUAUCAAACAACACUGUAGAAAAUAAACGACAUUGAUUAAGUAACAUUUCACCAUGUGCCGCAGGAAACAACUACAUGGUCCAGCAGUCCAAUCGAUUAGCGACCAAUAACAGCGUGAGAUGCUGAGUCGUUCCGUAAAUCCCUCACUUCCUAGUCAAAGAUGGCGGAUGAGAGUGAGACAGCACCGAAGCCGGGGAAAGAAGAGGAGGUAGAGGUGGACCAUGGACAUUGCAGCGACUGCGAAAAUGAUGAACACCACGUCAACGACGGUGACAAGAGUACGGGGGAUGACAGCGGCACCAGGAAGAAGAAGAAGAAACAGAAGAGGAAAAAGGACAAAGCGGGGGGCAAGGACGCAGCUCAUGACCCACUAGCCAAGGUGAACUCUCUGCCGGCAGAAAAGCUUCAGGAGAUCCAGAAGGCCAUUGAGCUGUUUUCCGUGGGCCAGGGCCCUGCAAAGACCAUGGAGGAUGCCAGCCGUCGCAGUUACCAGUUCUGGGACACACAACCUGUCCCCAAAUUAGGUGAGCAGGUGACAUCACAUGGUUCCAUUGAGCCAGACAAAUCCAACAUCCGCGAGGAGCCCUACAGCCUUCCGCAUGGCUUCUCCUGGGACACCCUGGAUUUGGGGAACGCUAGCGUGCUGAAAGAGCUGUACACCCUGCUGAAUGAGAACUACGUGGAGGACGAUGAUAACAUGUUCAGAUUUGACUACUCCCCGGAGUUCCUGCUGUGGGCCCUGCGUCCCCCGGGCUGGCUGCCCCAGUGGCACUGUGGUGUACGAGUCAACUCCAACCAGAAGCUGGUGGGCUUCAUCAGUGCCAUUCCGGCCAAUAUCCGCAUCUACGACACGGAGAAGAAGAUGGUUGAGAUCAACUUCCUCUGCGUGCACAAGAAGCUGCGCUCCAAGCGGGUGGCGCCGGUCCUGAUCCGAGAGAUCACCAGACGGGUCAACCUGCAGGGGAUCUUUCAAGCUGUGUACACUGCAGGGGUGGUGCUGCCCAAACCUGUGGGCACCUGCAGGUACUGGCACCGUUCCCUGAACCCGCGCAAGCUGAUCGAGGUGAAGUUUUCGCACUUGAGUCGAAACAUGACUAUGCAACGCACCAUGAAGCUGUACCGCCUGCCUGAGACCACAAAGACACAGGGCUUGCGGCCCAUGGGCAGGAAGGAUGUGCCGGAGGUGCAACGCCUGCUGCUGGAGCACCUGCGGCAGUUCGACCUGGUUCCCCUCAUGAGCGCAGACGAGGUCGAGCACUGGCUGCUGCCUCAGGAGAACAUCAUCGACACCUACGUGGUGGAGAAUGAGCAGGGUGUGGUGACGGACUUCAUCAGCUUCUACACGCUGCCCUCCACCAUCAUGAACCACCCUGUGCACCACAGCCUGAAGGCGGCCUACUCCUUCUACAACGUGCACACCACCGCUCCGCUGCUGGACCUCAUGGGCGACGCCCUCAUCUUGGCCAAAUCGAAAGGGUUUGAUGUCUUCAAUGCACUGGACCUGAUGGAGAACAAGACUUUCCUGGAGAAGCUAAAGUUUGGCAUUGGGGACGGGAACCUGCAGUAUUACCUGUACAAUUGGAAAUGCCCCAGCAUGUGCCCAGAGAAGGUGGGAUUGGUGUUGCAGUGACCCUCUGGGACGGAAGCCAGACCAGGAGACAAUGCCAUGCACUGACUACCCAACUGAUGGACUGACAGGCCUUCUGCUGUGGAGAACCUACCCUCCAUUUUUAUUUUGAACUUUGACCUUGACCUGCACUGCCGCUGUUUUGGGGGACGGGAAAGUCCCCAUCCCUCCCUUCGCAUGGAGCUGAAGCCAUUACCUUGACCAUUCAGACAAUUAAAGCAACUGAAGACCAUCAUGAUUGUAAUACACGCGCACACACACACACACAUAUAUAUAUACAAGUGACAUAUUCUCAAAACAUACACUCAAGUAAUAUUUUUAAAAAUUCUCCACCACCACAAAUGCAUUCUAAAACCAUCUGUCAUUUAAUCCAGAGUAAGUUUUAGAUGAAAUUAAUAAAAAAAAGAAAAAAACAAACGCAAAAAGUAAAUAAAUAUCCAAAGUGGACAAAAGACCAGGGCUACUGUCAGUUUUAUUCAGUAAAAUUACUGUGACUUGAAAUUGCAAACUCUUUCAAACCUCCCACUUCCCUCUCUGCAUGUGGUAAGAAGGACGGAGAUGUUAUUGAAAAGGUGGAGGGAUCUUGGCUCCCUGCUGUAUGCCACUUCAUGGGACUCUGCAAUCUCUGGUACCACAGCUGCUGCAGCUUGGGAGAGGUGCUGCAUGAAACUAGCCCAGUGUAAACCAAAAAGUGUUCUUGGACCAGCAUGGACAGGCUGGCUUGAGCAUGGAGAAGGAGCAUACUGCUGGUAGAGAUGGUACAGAGGGGAUGGGAGGAUUGGGCAUUGGGCACUGCGAGAUAAAGGACACAUAACAGAUAACAAGAGAAAUGAGUGGGUGGGACAGAUUGCCAGUGGCACAAGCACUAAGGUGAAAAUGUUCCUUUUACACACAAGAGCAGAGAAAUGGGAAAUUCUGUGAAACUGGUCACACAGUUUUAUGGUGAAAAGGAGA